AUGGACCUUCACAGAGCAGCAUUCAAGAUGGAGAGCUCCUCAUACUUGCCAAACCCCCUGGCAUCGCCAGCACUAAUGGUACUGGCCUCCACUGCAGAAGCUUCUCGUGAUGCUUCUAUUCCUUGCCAGCCACCGCGUCCAUUCGGUGUCCCAGUUUCUGUUGAGAAAGAUGUUCAUUUGCCAUUUAACAAUGGUUCAUACACCUUUGCAUCAAUGUACCACCGCCAAGGUGCCGUCCCGCCAGGUUUCCCUAACAGGGAUUUUCCGCCAUCCCUCCUCCACCUCCAUCAUCAGUUUGCUCCACCAAACCUGGACUGCUCACCAAUCAGCAUGUUAAAUCACAGUGGUGUUGGGGCUUUCAGACCCUUCGCUUCUCCUGAGGAUCGAGAUGGGGCACCGGGCGGUUAUCAGUCUGCUUUCACACCAGCUAAGCGCCUCAAAGGUUGCCUGGAUGCCGAUGCUUCACCCCACCUCCGGUACUCUGAUGCUGAGGGUAAAGAAUAUGACUUUGGCGGUGCCCAGAUCCCACCUGGGAGCUCACCCAGCAGCGCAUUGAAGGCCGUAGAGGACAGCGGGAAGAAAAUCUUUGCUGUGUCCGGCCUUCUUUCAGACCGAGAGACUUCCUCCAGCCCUGAGGACCGCAUUGAACGCUGUAAGAAGAAAAUGUCAUUGUAUGACAGCCAGGCUCCAAUCUGCCCAAUCUGCCAAGUUCUGCUCAGGCCCGGCGAGCUACAAGAACACAUGGAAACAGAGAUAGAAAGGCUAGCCAACAUGUGCCUUAGUAAGAUCCCGUCACCCAAGGAUGGAGCAGUCACUCCCGGAACUCCCAAGUCAAUGCUUUUAUCAGUGCACAUCAAGCGUGAGGGAGAGUCUCCCGUGGUCUCGCCGUUGUCAUCUGAAGACGCCCACCACUCGGACAGAUACCAGACAUUUUUACGAGUUCGCGCUAACAGACAAACACGGCUGAAUGCCCGCAUAGGGAAGAUGAAGAGGAGAAAGCCUGAAGAUGGGGGGCAGGUAUGUCCGCUGUGCAGUACCCCACUGGCUGGGAGCGAGGAGGAGAUGAGUAGACAUGUGGAGCAAUGCCUCAUCCAGCGUGAGGGUGUACUAGGUGAUGACGAUUCUGUGGACAUGGAUGGUGACAGUGGACGUGGCUUUGAGGAGUAUGAGUGGGCAGGACAGAAGCGGAUCAGAGCUACUGCACUUCUGGAAGGAGGCUUCAGAGCCACUGGUUUUGCUACAUGUAGUAUCAAAGAGAGUGGGGCAGACAGCGACGCCGACCUCGAUGUAGAUGGAGACGAUACGUUGGAGUAUGGUAAAGCCCAAUACACUGAAGCUGACAUAAUCCCAUGCUCUGGAGCUGGAGAGGACCAAGGAGAAGCCAGAGAACGGGAGGCACUACGGGGAGCGGUGCUCAACGGAGGAAUGCCCUCGAACAGAAUAACGCCUGAGUUCUCCAAAUGGGCGAGUGAUGAGAUGCCUUCAACGAGCAAUGGUGAGAGCUGCAAGAUGGACCCAAGCACUCCUUCAUCCUGCACGCCUUCCUCCUCCUGCGUCCCACGCACCUGUAAAAACAGUGAAAUUGAAAAAGUAACAGAGGAUGAAUCGACAGCGACCACCAUGGAAGCUCUGAAGGCACGAAUAAGAGAGCUGGAGAGGCAAAUACUAAGAGGGGACCGAUACAAGUGUCUUAUCUGCAUGGACUCUUACACGAUGCCACUCACCUCCAUACAGUGCUGGCAUGUCCACUGUGAAGAAUGCUGGCUCAGGACUCUGGGUAACAAGAAGCUGUGCCCUCAGUGCAAUACUAUCACCUCACCCGGGGACCUGCGGCGUGUCUACUUGUAA